CUAGAGAGAGAAACUGAUCCUAAAACCUCAGGAGAAGCAAAGAAGCUCCAAAAAACCACCCAAAAUUCACACACAAUUUAUUUGUUUAUCUCCUGUCUCUCUCUCUUCCUCUACCUUCUCUUCAAAGAUCCAAUCUUCAGACAGACCCUCCAAUAAAAAUGCCGACUUUCUCAUCUUCUUCUUCUCACUUGUCCUCAGUCAGACAAUUGAUGUCUCACUCUCAUUCCCAACUGCUACUGCUUAAUUUUGUAACAUGGGCUGGUUCAAAAUCCCCUCCAUUUUUACUUCAUAUAAGCACACCCCCCUUCCUUACUACAACCCAGCUCGCCAAAACUUGGUAAACAAAUCCGAAACCCAGAAGGAUGGCGCCGCCAACAAGGUCUUUCGAUUUUUGCGCAGGCUUAUGUCUGGAGGAAAAAUUGAUGGAGGGUCAAGGACUGAGGCAGAGGAGAAGCUCUACGCUUGGUUAUACUCCUUGGCGCAGUCUGACAAGGAUAUGGUUUUCGAGUAUGUUCGAUCCACAGAAAGGGGAUUAAGCUUUGCUGAAGCAGAAAGGAGAUUGAAGGAAAACGGACCGAAUGUUCCUAUUGAUUAUUCUUUUCCAAGCUGGUGGCAUAUUUUGUGGAAUGCUUUCUUCCAUCCCUUCAAUAUCAUAUUGAUUGUCUUGUCUGUAAUCUCAUACUUUACCAGCGACAGCCCGAAUGGAUGUAUCAUGCUUGUUUUGGUUUUCAUAAGUGUCUCCCUCCGAUUCUAUCAGGAAUAUGGCAGUUCAAAAGCAGCCAUGAAGCUUUCAGAAUUUGUAAGGUGCCCAGUCAAAGUUCAAAGGUGUGCAGGUAGAGUUUACCAGACGGAGCUAGUGGUACAGAUUGACCAAAGAGAUGUCGUUCCUGGUGACAUUGUCAUUUUUGAACCUGGAGACCUUUUUCCUGGUGAUGUGAGAUUGUUAUCUUCGAAACACCUUGUCGUAAGCCAGUCAUCAUUAACAGGAGAGUCUUGGACAACUGAAAAAACUGCUGAUAUCAGAGAAGAUCAAAGCACUCCAUUGCUUGAUCUGAAGAAUAUUUGCUUCAUGGGGACGAAUGUGGUAUCAGGUGGCGGAACUGGUCUAGUGGUUUCCACUGGAUCUAAGACAUACAUGAGCACCAUGUUUUCAAACAUAGGGAAGAAGCAACCACCCAAUGAUUUUGAGGAUGGUGUCCGCCGCAUAUCUUACGUGCUGGUUGCUGUUAUGCUAGUUGCAGUCACCGUCAUAGUUGUAAUUGAUUACACUACAUCUCAUGAUCUGACUGAGAGCUUCCUUUUUGGAAUCUCGGUAGCAAGUGCACUAACUCCUCAAAUGCUUCCCCUCAUUGUUAACACAAGUCUUGCAAAAGGAGCACUUGCUAUGGCCAAAGACAGAUGCAUAAUCAAAAGCUUAUCUGCAAUACGAGACAUGGGAUCUAUGGAUAUCUUAUGCUUUGACAAGACUGGUACACUCACCAUGAACCGUGCAAUAAUGGUUAAUCAUCUUGACAGCUUGGGGUUAUCCAAAGAAAAGGUUUUACAGUUUGCUUUCCUUAGCUCCUAUUUCAAGACCGAUCAGAAGUAUCCACUCGACGAUGCAAUUCUGGCACAUGUAUAUACCAAUGGAUACAGGUUCCAGCCAUCCAAGUGGCAGAAAUUAGAUGAGAUUCCUUUUGAUUUCAUAAGAAGAAGAGUGUCUAUUAUCAUGGAAAGAGAAGCAGAAGACAAAAGCCGUCAUAGUUUUGAGAGAGUCAUGGUGACAAAAGGAGCUCUGGAAGAAGUAAUGAAAAUUUGUUCUUCUAUAGAGGAUGUUGACGGCGGCACAAAUAUAACGUUCACUUCUGAACGCUACCAAAGGAUUUUAAAUAUGGUUGAAGAAAUAAGCAAUGAGGGACUAGGAGUUAUAGGAGUAGCAAUAAAGAGCCUUGAUACGGAAACAAGUUAUCAGCGCAAAGACAAUGAUGAAACUUUUGAAUCAGACAUGGUUUUCCUAGGCCUCAUAACGUUUUUUGACCCACCCAAGGACUCAGCAAAGCAAGCUUUGUGGCGGCUGGCAGAGAAGGGAGUGAAAGCAAAAGUUCUAACAGGUGACUCUCUCUCCCUAGCUAUAAGAGUUUGCAAGGAAGUUGGUAUCAGAACAACCCAUGUAGUUACAGGGCCUGAGCUUGAGCUACUCAACCAGGAGUCAUUUCAUGAGACCGUUAAAACAGCAACAGUACUAGCUCGACUCACCCCAACGCAGAAACUCCGAGUUGUGCAGUCGUUGCAGACGGUUGGUAAUCACAUCGUUGGCUUCUUGGGGGAUGGAGUAAAUGACUCGCUUGCCCUGGAUGCAGCCAAUGUUGGUAUAUCAGUUGAUUCAGCAGCAUCAGUAGCAAAAGACUUUGCUGACAUUAUCUUACUGGAGAAAGACCUUAAUGUCCUCAUCGCCGGCGUUGAGCAUGGUCGGCUCACAUUUGGGAACACAAUGAAGUACAUAAAAAUGUCAGUUAUAGCCAACCUAGGAAGCGUUCUCUCAAUUCUCAUAGCAACCGUGUGCCUCAAGUAUGAACCGUUGACUCCUCGACAGCUUCUUACACAGAACUUCUUGUAUAGUGUGGGCCAGAUUGCAAUCCCAUGGGACAAAAUGGAAGAAGAUGCUGUAAAAGUCCCACAAAAAUGGUCCCAGAAAGGCUUACCCAUGUUCAUUUUGUGGAAUGGCCCUGUAUGUACUAUCUUUGAUGUAAGCGCACUUCUGUUCCUUUGGUUCUAUUAUAAGGCAGAUGGUGUGGAUGACAGUAUGUUCUUCCAUUCUGCUUGGUUCAUUGAAGGGCUUCUCAUGCAGACUCUAAUUAUCCACCUGAUCCGGACCGAGAAAAUUCCCUUCAUUCAGGACCUUGCCUCAUGGCCUGUGCUCUGUUCUACAGUUCUGAUUUCUGCCAUUGGAAUUGCAAUUCCGUUCACACCAAUUGGGGACGUGAUGGGAUUUGUUGAGCUUCCAUUAUCCUACUUUGGAUUUUUGUUGGUGCUUUUUAUAGGAUAUCUUUUUGUUGGCCAGGUGGUCAAGAGAAUCUACAUUAUGAUUUAUAAAAGAUGGCUUUAGUUAACUAGAAGAGUGAUUUUAGAUGAGAUUCAUGUUUUGCACAGUAGUGUGAGAGAUUAGGAAGAAAAUUUUCUCAUAUAUCAUUGACAAAGAGUGUAAUACAUAUAGCCUCAAAUUUGUUACAGAAUCAUUGACAUUUUCUGUCCGUCCACAA